UGUGUGUCUUCGUUUCUGUUCACGCUAACCUCUGAAUUCCACUGCUAAAACUUACUGUACACAUUUCAGAGACACUCAAGUGCAUUUUGACUAACUUGUAGGCUACUUCACUACGUGAAAACCCUCGGGUUGCGUGUGACAAUGGAGGCAUAUUUACGAAGCUGUCGCGAUGUGCUUAAGGGUUGUAGUAAGAACACCCCUGGGCUGCAUGUCAUAAUGGGGAAUGAGGCUUGUGAUAUGGACUCCAUGGUAUCAGCACUGACCUUCGCCUACUUUCUUUCAAAGACUCUGGACUCUAAGAGGGUACCAGUGCCUGUACUCAAUAUACCACGGGCUGAGUUUCCCUUGCGUUCUGACAGUAUAUUUCUGCUAAGAGAGACUGGAUUAUCCCAGGACCACCUGCUGUUUAGGGACGAGGUUGACCUCUGUGGCCUGCACAAGGCUAAACAGCUCACACUGACACUGGUUGACCACAACGUUCUGCCCAGUGCUGACAGUGAGCUGGAAGAAGCUGUUGUGGAAGUGAUUGACCAUCACCUCCUACAGAGGACCCCAUCUCCGUCCUGUCCUGUCACUGUGGAGACAGUGGGCUCCUGUGCCACCUUGGUGACAGAGCGCAUUGCCCAGAAAGCACCUGGGGUGCUCGACCAACAAGUGGCUCAGCUUUUAUAUGGUACCAUUAUCUUAGACUGUGUAAACAUGGCACCCGAGGCAGGUAAAGUCACCCCUAAGGACAGCCAGUAUGCCAUGUUUUUGGAGAAGCGUUUUCCAAAGCUGCCUCCAAGGAGUUCUCUAUUUCAGUCUCUACAGAAUGCCAAGUUUGAUGUGUCAGGCCUCUCAACUGAGCAGAUGCUGUUGAAAGACAUGAAAGUAGCAUCCGGUGGGGAUCUGAGACUGGUUGUCAGUGCCAUUUACAUGACACUAGAGGCUUUUCUACAGAGACGUGGCCUACAGCAAGACCUCUGUGAGUUCUGCCACAAUCAUAACUAUAACCUGGUGAUUGCCAUGACAAUCUCUUUCAAUGACAACAAAGAGCCCUUCCGACAGCUCGCCGUCUAUAGUUCCAGCACUGUCUACAGGGAAGAGAUGAGUAAAGCACUAGAAAAGGCCAAAAAUCCCAGUCUGGAUCUUCGGCCAAUGAGCAGUCCAUAUUCCGAUGUAAAGGUCUAUGUGCAGGGUAACACUUUGGCGUCAUGGAAGAAGGUAUUGCCUUUAAUCUCAGACUUCCUAAAGGAAAGGGAGAGGAAAUUGGCUCAGAUUGGGAACAUUGAAGACCUUUAUCUGGACGAUGAUUCCAAUCAGGACCAGAGUGACUCGCAGCAGCAAUGUGUUGAAGAUGCUGGAAUUGAGGACGAUACCCAAUUCCCUCCAACACCAAUGAACAGUCUGGUGGAAGGCUGUCCUUUGGACAAUGGCCUGCCAAAAAUAAAUCCUGAGGUGUUGGUGGAAAGAGUUAGGAAGAUGGCAAGCAUGGAGGACCAGUCUCCUGAAGGACAGUGAAGGAAGAUCUGUUUUUCUACAGAGUCCUUCGUAACAGCUGGAGAAGGCCAGUCCUUCUACUUCUUCAAGAAGAUGCAGUGCACAUACAGAAGCGCACAAGGGCAAGAAAAUAAAAUGCCUCUUUUUUGAUCUGGUUAACUGACAAAGGUACGAUAUGGUCGAAAGAGACCUUUUUGUUGACAUUCUAAGUACAUAUUGACUGGUACAUAUAGGUUGAAAUGGAACAUACAUCAGAUUAUUUAAAGUUUGGAUAUCAUAAAUUAUAAAUUAUCAAAAUAUUUCAGGUUUGGGCUAAUUAUUGAUUGGUUCCAGUUUUAUUCAUAUUCUGAUCUUCCCCUAAAAUAAUCAAAAGUCUGAUUUGCUUUGACGCCCCCUCUGUCCAGGCUAUCUCUUUAUAGAUCUUAUCAAUAUAUUUAAGCUCGUUCUGUUCCACAAGUGACUGCAAGCAUUCGCUGCAAAACUGUUAAAAAAUGUAUUCCUGGUGUGUGCUACGAUACAAGUAGUUAUAUGGAUGCUAGCUAUUGUGGCUUCAAACCUAUGUUUUAUUGAUCUUUGUAGUAUUAAGUACCAUAAUUUUAAACUUAAUUAUUUUCACUGACUCGAAACCAGUUCUCAACAUAUUUUAAGUUUGUUCUCAGUUUGCCAUCACCCAGUGAAGUGUCUAAACAUUACAAAUCAAUGCACCAUUAAGUCCUGCCUUCGAGUAGUUACUAACUUUAGUAGUUUAGUUGUAAGUGAAGGAUGUAUGGGGACAUUACAUUGAUGUAUACACAGAAACACACAACAGCGAUUCCGUGCCAAUUAUAUAGUAACGGUGGAGAAGAUCCCUCUUACAAAGCAAAACCAGGUGGGACUUGACAAAAGUAAAGUACUUUGUCUUUGUAAGUUGGAAUUUUACCAAUGAAGGAUGUCAAAUCUUAACUAUCACCUACAAACCAAACAUGAUGUAUGGCACUCAUGAGGGGCCGCUGCGCAGCUUGUUGGAGUUUUUUUUGGAUUGUCUAUUGGUGCUCAAAGUGGGCAGAGCCAGUGCUAAAAUCAGAAUAAGACCUUGUUCGUUUUUGGAAUUGCCAUAUUAAAAUACUACUCUUACUAUUUCUGUUAUAUAGAUAUGACAGAAGCAGUAAGAGUAGGAUAAGUAGCAUGCCAUUACGGACACAGCCACUAGCUGGGUUUCCAUCCAAAUGUUUGACAUUUCUGAAAAAUCGACUGACGUAAAUUCUAAACAUUGCACGUUUCUAUCAACUGUGUUAUGCACAUUAUCUAGAGGGAGC